AUGCAAUCACCAUUUGAAGCACAUGUAUCCUCAAGUACUGUCAGUACCUGUACUGACCCUGUUGCACAGUACAAACAAGAAACUCUGGAUGAAAAUGGCCCACCACUGAGAAUCUAUGUAAAUCGGAUGACGGAGGAGUUCACUGCAGAUGUUUUAUCCAUUUAUAAGAAAGCCAACCCAUGUUUUCGCUCAAACCUUCGAGUGCAAUUUGAAAAUGAAAGAGCAGUUGGCGAGGGACCUGUCAGAGAGUUCUUUAGCAUAUUAAUGGGAUUUGUUCAAAAUGGUCUUUACGUGGAUGAUCCUGGGCGGCUGACUAUGUUAUUUGAGGGCCAGACUGACCACAAAAUUCCAGUCCCAAAUGCGUUACUGUGUAAUUCUGGACUGUACACUAGUGUUGGACGGAUGAUUGCACAUUCUUUCUUGCAUGGAGGACCACCACUUUAUGGACUUUCCCCAGCAGUGCUUGAAUUUUGGACUCGUGAAAGCAUCAGUGAAGCUGUUACCAUGGAGGACAUCCCAGAUUAUGACCUUCGACAAGCCUUGAAGCAGGUACUCGCAUUGAUGAUCUUGUUUUGUACAGACAUUACUUACGUAUUUCUGUGUAAUGUUUCAGCAACAUGUUAGUGUUACUAACAAUAUUUAUUCUGGUUAAUUUUUGUUUGAUAUGGCACUUGUACUGUCCUGUUUAUAUUUGAAAAAAGGCACAAGUGUGUUCCAAAUAGGUGUAUACAUCUAUAAUGACACUAUAAGUUUAUAAUUUGUCGUAAGAAGCAUUUCAUUGUUCAGUCACAACACCAUAGCAAUUUAACGGUUUUGCAGUUAUCAAGUCUUGAUAAGGAUGAAGAACCCUCAGAUGCACUUAAAGAAUUCCUCUUGCCUUAUCGUGAUGAAGCGUCAGUACUUCAAGUGCCGCUAAGGGGAGAGAAACGGCACUUGGUUCUCCAGCAGAUAAUGCUGCACAAUGUGAUCGAAAAGCGCCACCGUGAACUGAAAGAUCUUGCUGCAGGAAUGAAUGAGCUUUCCCUUGUCAAUUACCUAAAGGCACACAAGGAAAUGGCCGCAGCCGUGUUUCCCAGGGAAUGCGAGUCAGUAAUUGACAAAGAAGAACUCAAGGGUAGGAUUUCCAUCGAGGAUGAAAACAACCCCCAAGGGCAAGUUAUCAUGGGAUUCUUGCAUCGCUUCAUCGAUGAAGUUAGCAGAGAAGCAGAAGGUAAGUGAUUACCUCAGCUAUGUCUACUAUACGUUUUCUAUUCUUCUUCCAGUACCUCUUCUUUCCCCAGUGAAUUUAAGCCAUUUAUCCUUGAGCAUUUCAUUCCUCAAACACUGUAUGGGGGAUAGAUAAUUCCACUAGCAGGAUUUUCAUUGCUCGAUGUAAUUUCAGUUGUAGGGUAACAGUGAUUAGCCACCUCGUGUCUUUACUGCUAAAGAAAAGUAAACAUUCCGAGCAUGUAAAAGUGAAAGCAUUGAAAAGUUAUAUUUGCCAUUACGAAUAUUGUUGCCUAGGAGGAAUUUCAUGUUCAGAUGCUUUAUAGUGAUGCCUUUGUUAUGUUUUCUCAUUGCAGCUGGUUCUGGUCUGCGUGAUCUACUGUCGUUUUGGACAGGAUGGGAGGUUUUGCCACCAUAUGGACAGCAACUUUGGCUACAGCUGGAUGACACACGGAAGUAA